GGUGCCGCUGCUGCGCUGCAUAUCAGCCGUUUGCGCGUAACCAUCACGCUCACUGAAAGCACGUCGAUUGCAAAUUCAUGUUUCUACGUUCAUUCAAAUAAAAUUUGUGUAACACUGAGCUACGCCGAUGCUAACAGAACUACCAGCUUCAGCAAAACCCUAAGCUACAAUAUAACCGAAAGCAAAUUCGCCCGCGCAGGAGAAAAACAGUCCAAUUUUCUCUCAAAUUGUCCACCUUUGUCGGUGAUAUGAAGAGCAGUUAAUUCACAACUUCGGGGCCCUAAAAUGUCGCUCCACGGCGGACCUACCGACCGCCGGGAAGCUGGCUCGCCGGCAGCCGGGAAUGCUGUCUCUGGUGGUGGAAAUGGAGUCCUCACAAGCGACUCUAGCAGGCCAGCGACGGUAGUUUCGAGCCAGAGGCUGCGGUUGAAUCCGAACAAGGACCACAAGCCAGAUAUUUACGAAGGUUUGCAGUUGGAAUUCAGUCCUUCGAUUUUUAGCUCGCUGGAGAGGUAUAUGCCUCCUAGCAUGCUCGGUGUGCCUCGGGAAGAUAAAGUAAACUUCAUGCGGGAGAUUUUGCUCAGGUAUCUGCCCCCGGGAGAGCAGAACAGGGCUCAGAAGCAUAGAGAUUACAGACAAAAGAUAAUAUCAAAUUAUCAGCCUUUACACUGUGAGUUGUAUGCUUUGAACCCUACAAUGUUCUUCGUCCCAGCAUUUCUGAAAGCAAUCAAUGAUAAUACAGAGCAAAGCUUUAGAAGUAUAAUGUCUGAGCCCAUUCCAGGCAUUUUCACAUUUGAAAUGCUACAGCCUCCCUUCUGUGAGUUAUUGUUAUCUGAGAUUGAAAAUUUUGAGAAGUGGGUGAAUGAAACAAAAUUUCGAAUCAUGCGUCCUAACACGAUGAAUAAAUAUGGUGCUGUACUUGAUGAUUUUGGCCUUGAAACGAUGCUUGACAAGCUCAUGGAAGGUUUUAUUCGUCCUAUAUCUAAAGUCUUCUUUGGAGAAGUUGGUGGAGCAACCCUAGAUUCUCAUCAUGGAUUUGUUGUUGAAUAUGGUAAAGAAAGAGAUGUUGACUCAGGUUUUCAUGUGGAUGACUCAGAAGUAACCUUGAAUGUUUGCUUGGGUAAGGAAUUUUCUGGAGGGGAGUUAUUUUUUCGAGGAACGCGAUGUGAUAGGCAUGUAAAUACAGGGAGCCAGUCAGAGGAGAUAUUUGACUACUCUCAUGUCCCUGGACGAGCUGUGCUUCAUCGUGGUCGGCAUCGCCAUGGUGCUAGAGCUACUACGUCUGGUCAUCGGAUCAACCUACUUCUAUGGUGCAGAAGUUCUGUCUUCAGAGAGAUGAAAAGGUAUCAAAAAGAUUUCUCCAGCUGGUGUGGUGAGUGCAAUCGUGAGAAGAAGGCAAGGCAGCAUUCAUCAAUUGCCGCUACAAAAUUGGAACUGUUCAAGAGAGAAGAGACCACCACAUAAUCCAUGUUCAAUGGACAGUCAUGGUGCUGUAUUCUUAAUGCAGACAGCAAAUCGAUGCUGUUGAUGAUGUUCAAAAGUUUUCUUCAAGCUUCGUCGUCCAGGGGACUGUAAUAGUUUCCAUUGGAAUGGUAGAGCUUCUUGGAAAUAAGCUUCCAAUUUUCUCACUCCUAAAAAUUUGCUAUCCGAAACUCUUGAGGUUGUAUUUUAGGUCUAUGUGCCGUAAUAUAAUGCUCUUUUUUUUUUUUGGCCCCUUGUGCACAGACUUACUAUUCAAUGGCAAGUAGUUUAAGCCUUGGAUUGUCAUAAUUAUGUGUCACGUUACAGCCUGCAUAGUUCUAUCAGAAUAUAUGUAGUUACACAGCAUAGCUGUUAGCAUAUUCAACUUUUGAAGUUGCUAUUUUCAAUAAAUGAGUUGAGACUCGAAGGGAUUGAGACCUUGUCAAGCCAGAAAA